UGGAGGCGCGUCCAUUUUGUCAGCACGUACGAUCCCGAGUAGUCGACGCCGGUGCAAAGUAUAAUUCCCGUUCGCGACGAGUUCGUGUUACCGGGCCAGUGACUGUCUGUCGGCGGCGUUAGCGGAUUUCCCAUCGCAGCCUUGAGUGCACAGAGAGCGCGACCGGCAGGCGUGAGAACCCGUGCUCGUGGAUAUAUCGCGCAGGAAUCUGAGAAGCCGUCGGAGGAGAAUCGUUGUCGCAGGGCCGCGAAACGCGUCGCGUACCCGGUUCGUUCCCGAUUCUAGUUAAGUUUUAGCGUAAAUGGCGGAACUACAGGGAACCCAGGUCAGUCAGGACGCCCUGGCUGUGGCCCAGCUAGAGCUCGGCGGAAAUCCAAAUGCCUUGGCGUUGCGUAGGCCAUUCGACCCCGUGGCACAUGAUCUAGACGCUAACUUCCGCCUUACGCGGUUCGCCGACUUGAAAGGAUGAGGGUGUAAAGUCCCUCAGGAGGUUCUUGGGAAACUCCUCGAGGGACUACAGGCCGACGAUGGUAGCGCACAAGAUCAUGAACAUGCCCAUUUUAUGCACAUGGCCAUUCCACGCAUCGGCAUUGGCAUGGAUUCCUCCGUGACUCCGCUGAGGCACGGCGGACUGAGUCUGGUGCAAACUACAGACUUUUUCUACCCGUUAGUCGACGAUCCUUAUAUGAUGGGUAAAAUUGCAUGCGCUAAUGUUAUCAGCGAUUUGUACGCCAUGGGAGUCACAGAAUGCGACAAUAUGUUAAUGUUGCUGGGAGUCAGUACAAAAAUGACUGAAAAGGAGCGAGACGUUGUUGUACCGUUGAUCAUGAGAGGAUUCAAAGAUUCCGCCUUGGAAGCUGGCACGACGGUGACAGGAGGACAGACAGUAGUUAACCCUUGGUGUACGAUAGGUGGUGUUGCUUCUACCGUUUGUCAACCAAAUGAAUACAUUGUGCCAGAUAAUGCGGUCGUCGGCGAUGUUCUUGUUUUAACGAAACCACUUGGAACGCAAGUUGCCGUUAAUGCCCAUCAAUGGUUAGACCAACCAGACCGCUGGAAUAGAAUCAAGCUCGUGGUCAGCGAAGAUGACGUGAGAAAAGCUUACCAGAGGGCGAUGGACAGCAUGGCCAGGCUUAACAGAAUAGCGGCAAGAUUAAUGCACAAGUACAAUGCACACGGAGCGACAGACGUUACCGGCUUUGGCCUCUUAGGACACGCACAAAACCUAGCCAAACACCAGAAGAACGAAGUUUCUUUUGUUAUUCAUAAUUUACCUGUUAUCGCUAAGAUGGCAGCUGUAGCGAAAGCAUGUGGUAACAUGUUCCAACUCCUUCAAGGUCACUCUGCGGAAACUAGCGGUGGAUUGCUUAUUUGUCUGCCUAGAGAACAGGCUGCGGCAUAUUGCAAGGAUAUCGAAAAACAAGAAGGUUAUCAGGCAUGGAUUAUAGGUAUCGUAGAAAAAGGCAAUCGCACAGCAAGGAUAAUCGAUAAACCACGAGUAAUAGAAGUUCCAGCUAAAGAAAAGGACGGGGAACUCUGGUAAAAGGGUUUAUCAUUGUUUACCCUUUUAUUUACCAUCAUGCAUUUAAAGAAUAUCACAGGCAACGCGCAUUUACGUAUGCAGACAGAUUACGUACAGAUUCAAAGCACUUACACGUGGACAACAUUACAAAGAGUUAACAAACUUUUACGUAUCUUUACGCUGCAUACAAAAUACGAUAAAAUUCGUUUCACAGCAAUUUCGAUUGUAUUUUUGUUUCAUAGGUUAAAAACGUGACAUAUAACAAUAGUGGCUCGUAAUUUUGCGUUAUCUUUAUCGAAAUUUAUUCUUUCCUACCGCACGUUUCUGUUAUAUUCUUAUCUUUAUCCAGAGAUGAGAAUAUUUCAAUAGCGAAGUGUCUGUAAAAUGUUCUUAGCGGUCUUCCCGACAACUAUGAAUACUUAAUUCGAAAACAGUUCACGAUGAACAUCGUCGGAAAGCAAUGCAAACAAAAAAUAAGGAGUUUGGAUAUAGUCUUUCUUAGAAUUAACCCUUUGCAGUUAACGAGAACAACAGAAAUGUUCAAUUUAAAUGCAAAAGCUGAGACGAUAAACCCCGAAAAAAAAUUAAAAAGCAGGGUUCGUUGAUUUUUGUUAUUUCUCGGCAACGGUGUGUAGAAACAGAACGAGUCGUGCAAGGAGCUUCAUUUGUGACCAUGUCUGUCGUAUAGAGAACAUCAGUUUUCUUUAUAAAUCAGCGAACGCGUUGUUUAUUUACUGUAGUAUACACAAUCUUCGUAAAUAGUCUCUAUCGAAUAAAAGCAACAACAUCAUCGGCUGAUGUUCGCUGAUUUCCGGAGAAAACUCGUGUCCUUUUACAGCAAAGGAUUAAAACUAAAUGUGUGUAAGCAUAGCCUCUGGUAGCACUAGACUCGGGCUAAGCUUCAACUUGCAUUUGAUCAAACUUGCGAUACGUUGAGUGACAUUUGGAUGCUUAGCGUUAAUAAAGAAUGUUAAUUAAGGUACACAAGCGUUAGUUCGUGAUUACAAAGAUCUAUAAAUAUAUUUUAAAGGGUUAUACAACAUCACGAAAGGUUUUAACAGUGUAAUAUAUACAUUAGUUUAAUCCACGGAUUAAUACGGAAACAUAGAAAUCACGAUACUAUAGAUACAAAUUUGUAAACAGAGACGUUACUAUCCCGUAGUACGCGUUAACAGGCAUUCAACGCCAAUAAGAUUUUCACGAUUUGUAAUUUUGAUCUCUUGUUACAUAGAACUUGUAAGAUGUCCAAAUGAAAACAUGGCCUUUUCUAGUUCUCUCGUUACAUACGCUUUUAAAAAGUAAUUAAAAUAAAACAAAUACAAGAAUUCGAGCACAGGCCCUAAUGUUGUAUUACUUUUUCAUAUGAAUAAAGUGCUACUUUUGUCAAUAAA